AUCCUAGCCUGCAUCUUCUAUUGCUCUAUAAUUGCUUCUAGUUCUCUUUGUUUAACAAUUUUCAUAAACAAAAGGAAAAAGGUCACUCCUUUUUUUGCAUUGUAACAUGUCUUCCUCAGAGGGUGUGUUUGAAUUAGGAUUUGAGUUCUCGGACGCCAACAAUGUUCUUCUCAUGUCUCUAUUGGAAGAAACACAAGAAGAAGAGUACUAUGGCGAUGAUAGACUUGUGAGCAUGAUUCAGUCAUUGGAGGCAGAGAUCAGUGACACUGAGAUGGGACACGUGGAUGAUCAGGAUUGCUCCACGUCAGACAGUGGCCUAGAUGAUCAUUGGGGUGACAUGGAAUUGAUCUCUUCCUUGCCGUUUGAUGAGAUGAAUGCAUGGAUCCCUUGUAGAGAUGAAAUGAUGGAGCAUGCAGCAAUGGCAUAUGAAGCUGGAAAUUAUGAGAUUGAUGAUUUCCAACAGUGUUAUGGAGUUUUCUUGGAGCAACAAUAUAGAGAGAAUUAUUUGGCACAAGGGCCAAGUGAUGCACUAUUCUGAAAUUAAUUGAUAUAUGUGUUAGUAUUAUUAUACAAGGAAACAGUUGAUAACAUUGAUUUAGUUUGUCAGUUGUCACCUUAACUUGUGAAGGAGUUCUUAUAUAAGAACAUGUUAUUGCCCAACCUUUUAAUUUUAUCCUUUGUUUACUUUUUCUCCCAUGUAAUUAUAUACCUAGCUGGAAAUUAAUUAAAAUCACUUCCUCAACCUUAUUUGCUUA